AUUACAUGUUAUAAUUUAGGAGAACUAUUUUUGAUUAAAAUGAAGACGCAGUCAUGUGGAAAUAAGACAAUCAACCACCUCCCCUUCCCUUAUAAUAACAAGGUACAAUUCAAUUGUGCUUUAUCCAGGAAAUGUAUUGAUGAAAUAAUAUGACAAAUUUAUCCCAGUCUACUUGGAAAUAUGUCCUGAGAGAUUAUAUAAAAGGCUUUCUCCAAACCAGCUUGUAUACUGCACAUUAGACAAGUGCAGGUUGAGAAAAUUUACAUUUUAUGAUCAAGUUCUACCCCAUCACAAAUACGGCAUAGCAUUGCAAUAAAGAGACCAAUAGGAAACCUUCCUCAUAGAUUCAGCAGAUGAGUUCAGGAAAUGGUUUCUCUUAUUCAAAAGAUAUUGCGUUUUGGAUAAAUUCAAACAAAAAUUUAAAGUCCUAAACAAGUCUAAAUUGGAAGAUCCCUUGUUUGGACAAUGUUAUUAUAAUUGCAUCCACAGCAAUAAUUACAAAUUAGUAAAAAUAAUUGAUAAAGCAAAUAUAACGAAUUAUUAAUUACAAUGUUUAGGCAAAGAAAUUAGCAGUCUUCGUAAAUUGAGGUAUUAUUUAUCUAACCUAGUUCUCCUUUGAUAAUCUUCUUUAAUGAACUUUAUGAAGAUGACACCAAUAUUUACAUUGUAUACAAUCAUUAUUAGGGUUUGGACAUGAGGAGUUGGUUAAAGGAGAAUUCUCAAAAUUUGGAAGAGAGAUUGGUGGCUUAAAUUAUGUUCAAUCUUCUAACAGCCAUAUCUCACAUGCAUUCCAGAGGAGUGUUUCAUAGGGACAUCAAAUUGGAUAGUAUUCUAAUUCAGAGUCAAUUACCCUCGGUGUUAUUGACUAAUUUCUGUUAUUCAGAGACCUACAUCCCCUAAACCCCAUUCAAGAAGUGUGGAACUCCAGGAUUCAUUGCCCCAGAGAUCUUCAAAACAAAGUUGUACACCCCGAAAGCAGACAUGUUCAGUUUAGGCUGUUUGUUUUACGUGCUUUAUUUUGGGAAAAUCCCGUUCAGUGGAUCCUCAUAAGAAGAGAUACUGUCACGGAAUGAGGCUGCAGUAGUGGACUAUCAAAUUUAGUAAUGUCUUAUAGUUAAAGAAGGAAGUAACUAUGUAGGAAGGUGUCUUCUUCUGGGAUAAAUUUGUUGAAGGCUCUCUUGAUUUCAGAUCCAGAAUAGAGGUUGUCAGCUUAACAGGCUCUUCAGCAUCAUUGGUUCAUAAAGAUGGGCACUAAACAGCAGGCAAAGUUUCACAAGAAUAUUAUCAAGGGGAAGUCUCUUUCAACAAUAAUUGAGAAUUCAGUGGAUAUCACUCACAGGUACGAAGUGAUGUUAUUGUGUAGUAUGCAAUGUCAGAUACCGUCGAGCACUUUCAUUGAGGAUAAGGUGGAUAAGGAGUUCACGGCCGACAACUUGAAAGACAGACUGCAGAAAUUCAAUUCAAUUUAGUUAAAGCCUUCUAAGCAUAGACACUAGUAUUAUUAAUGA